AGCAUUUAUAAGAUCAGAACUUUUCCAGCUAAGCAAGACAUUAUGGAAACUUUAUGACACUUUGAAUCUACUUUAACAUCUCAGUGGGACAAGUUACGUUCUCCAAAAAGUUUCGCUUCCUCUUCCUGGAACUUCCAAAAAAGACACCGAUUAUCACACAGUUAGGACCAUACACACGGACGAACAGUAAAGAUGCGGGCGUGGUCGUGUACGGGCCUGUUUCUGGCGGUUUUCGCAAAAUGGCUUACAGGAAGAGUGUUCGCUAAUGACGACCUCAUACGGUGGUGUGGCGAAAACUUGGCCGAAUGCGGAAUUAUAGAAGAAGAUGAGGGUAUACCCGACAAAAGGUUUCUUCGAUUUGGACGAGCGCUUAGCGAUGACAGCUUCUUUAGAUUUGGCAAAACCAGCUCACCAAACAAUUUUCUACGAAUAGCUCGUGGAAAUGAACUUUACCCAGUUGAAGACAAACGUUUCCUUCGCUUUGGGAGGGGCAACGCAAAUAGUGUAGAUGAAUUAUUAGCAUCCCUUACAUCAAGAAUAAGAAACUUUGAACUCACACACAAUGUAAAUUUAAAAAGAAAAAGACGUUCAGUCGACGCACAAGCACCACCACAAGAACAUUCUGAGUCUAGUAUAGCAGAAAAUACUCCAACAAAUACAAAUAAUGUUGAAAAACGUGACGCUUCGGAAGAAGAAGGCAAUGCUGACAAAAGAUUUAUGCGAUUUGGAAGAGACCCAGAGGAUGUGAAAGAGGAUGACGCGAAACGUUUCAUGCGAUUUGGUCGAGACCCUGCUGAUGAAAUGGCAGAAGCGGACAAGCGUUUUAUGCGAUUUGGUCGAGACCCUGCUGGUGAUAUGGCCGAAGCGGACAAACGUUUUAUGCGAUUCGGAAGAGAGCCAGAAGACAUGAAAGAAGACUUGAAGAGGUUCAUGCGAUUUGGAAAACGUUUCAUGCGUUUCGGUCGCGGAUCAGAGAGUGCCGAAGAUGAGAACGAAGAAAACGUUGACAAGCGCUUUAUGCGCUUUGGGAAACGGUUUAUGCGCUUCGGACGGGAUUUGGAUGCAGCAAAGAGGUUCAUGAGAUUCGGUAGAUCUGGUGCGGACGAGCUGGUGAAAGAGGACAAGAGGUUUAUGCGGUUCGGUCGAGGAGGAGAAACAGAUGACGAAAAUGCAUUGGACAAGCGCUUCAUGAGAUUCGGCAGAGGUGGUGAAGAUGACGGCCUGAUCGAAGACGACAAACGAUUUAUGCGAUUCGGCCGAAACCCCGAGGCAGACAAACGAUUUAUGCGAUUUGGCAAACGGUUUAUGCGAUUCGGACGAGGAGACGAAGAUGAAGAAGAAAAUUCUGCUGACAAGCGUUUCAUGCGAUUUGGACGGAAUCCCGAAGACGCUUCGGCCGAUAAACGUUUUAUGCGGUUUGGUCGUGACCCGGAAGACACAUCCGCCGACAAACGGUUUAUGAGAUUUGGCAGGACCUUAUUAAACAGUGAAGAUAAACGAUUCAUGCGCUUUGGCAGGGACUCAAAUGACAACACCGCGGACAAAAGAUUUAUGCGAUUUGGGAGGGACCCAGACACAGCCGACAAAAGAUUCAUGCGUUUUGGGAAAUAAUCAGUGAAUAUAAACUGUUUUGAUAUGAUUUAAAUUGUAUGUUAGACACCAAAGACAUUCAUUAGAUGGCACUUAAAUAUCAUAAAUGUAAAGCAAUCAAACGUUCAUAAUAUUUGUUGUGUGGGUGUUUUUUCUUGACACUCUAUAUGAUAUUGCUCGGUUAUUGUUAUUCGAUUUCGAUAUACAUGUAUUUGAAUAAAUACUGCUGGACGAUAAACUAGACUUCUUAACAAUGUAGCUGAAACAUUUUGCAUAGUUUUUUUGAGUCGAUGAUAUAAGAAAACGAACUUUCUAUACCUUGAACAUCUUGGAUGAUUUCCAUUAAGUGAAUCAGUCCUUCGAAAAUAUUAAACUUAUGGGCUUUAAUACAAACAUAGGUGACCGUGAAGAUCUUUGGCUGCUCUGCAAUAGUCUUACUCUUCUUGGACAUAAACAUUCUGAGCUCCUCGGCCAUUUUUAUCGAAAACAACCUCGGAUGGAUGCCGGCAAAUCAGUCAAAGUAGUUCGUAAAUGUUUGAGUUAAAUCAUUAAUUAAAUGUAGUGUUUUAUCUUGUAUUUAGUGAUCUAAGUUUAAAUUGUUUGCCAUUGAAGUGUAUUAUUGCAAACAUGAUAAAGAUUCCUACGAGUUAAGUCUCCUUAAGUUUAACUGCUAAAUUAAAUUACUAAGCGAUCUACUUGCAGCGGACUUAAACAUACCGAUUUCUGAGUAUGUAAACCGUCCACAUAUAUCCGAGGUUGUUUUCGAUAAAAAUGGCCUAGUAGUUCCGAAUGAUGGGAAAUAAUAAGGUAUCCUUUUGCUGUAAUGUGUAUACUGUAGAUCGGCCUCAUCAACAAGAGGGAACACAUUGUUACGUUCAACCAUGACCAAACUGCUUUUACCCUAAGUCCAUAUAAGUAAAGAGUUAUCAGCGUAUACAUUUAACAAAAUUGUGAUAUUGUAUAAGGUCCUUUUCAGAAAUUCAAUAAAAAUGUUCAGAAAUUAUAAAUGUUAUCGUUGAAUAAAACGUCUAUUUUCGCAUAAUAUUCGCAUAAACCAAACAUUGUUGUAAAGUAUCAUCAUAUGUUA